AUGUACAUGAGUAACUUUGUUUCUGUACAGAGUAAACGUUGCUUCAUUUUGUGUGCUCAGACUUUUGGGAAUUCUUUGCCCCUCAGUUUUUCAUUUUCUGGGCUUCAAGAUUUCGGCUCAAUUGUCUCUAAUAUUAAUUGGUUUUGGAGACAAUGUCACAAGGCUAUGCGAUUGAGCUUUACUUCGAUCCUGCUCUGGAAAACCAGCCCGUUUGCUGACAUUUCUAAACUUGAAAAUAUCAUAAAGAAUUUUGCUGCAAAGCAAGAACCUUUACCAAUGUCUUUCUCUUCAAUUGGUAGCCUCCCAAAUGAAAACAAUGUUCUCUUUCUUGCUCCGACUCCGACCUUGUCUCUCCUUCAGUUUCAUUUGCAAUUGUGUGAUGCAAUGAAGAAGGAGGGUAUUGAAGUUGGGGAUGAGCACCGUCCAGAUACAUGGAUUCCUUUAUGUCCAGUAGCUGAAGAAGUGCCAAAGACUCGUAUGCCCGAGGCAUUUACUGUUUUACGUGAUCUGAAGCUGCCAAUUAGUGGAUAUGCAAUGGAUAUUGGGUUGGUUGAGUAUCCCCCAGUUCGUGAAGUAUUCUCUUUUGUGAUGGGUAACACUGCUGAAUAA